GAUACCAAAGAAAAUCAAAGCAGGUGCUUAUCUGGGACGCCUUGUCAGAUGUUCACCAUCAGAACAAAAUUAUUAGCGCGUCAGAUGCAUUUACGACUGCACAGACGUUUAAACCAUUUUGGUUAGAUUUAUACUAUCUUGAUCGUGAUACUAAAAGUAACCUGAUCUAUAGCUUACACUGUACACCGUCUUUCGCUCAGUAGCUAUCUCGAAAUCGCCAUUUUAACUUCUGGUUGUGCCUGGGGCGGUUGGUGCGAGACCAGUGUCAAGUAGCUGCUAACUAUUAGCUAACCUCUGGGUAGCUCACUAUUUUAGACGUUGACCCAGUACAACAAGCUUUCAAAAUAGCAUGCUAGCUGUCUAACAAGCAUAGCUACAUGCUUGGUAGUUCAUGGUAGCUAGCCUGUUUCAAAUUACGAAGUUAGCUCGUUAAGUUUAGCCAGGUAGCUAGAUAGCCAGGCUACUAGCUAGUUGGCUAACAACAAGCCAAUCAGAUAAUCAACUGUAGCUAUUAGUAGUAUUGGCUAGCUACCUAGAAUACUUUAUUUACAACAACCAAACUGGACAAAACGUUGGAUUUGGUUGGGUUUAAGUCGGGCUCAGCGGGUUCGCUGACCCCACAAAAGAAGAUGAAAAAGAGGAAGGAACUCAAUGCAUUGAUCGGACUUGGGGACAGUAAAAGGAAGAAAACCAAAAAGGGGUCCGGUCACAGGCUCCUCCGAACCGAACCUCCACUAGACUCCGAAUCCGAAUCAAGCUCAGAUGAUGAUGAUGAAUUCAGCACAGUCGCUGCUUUUGGAAAAAUAAGUUAUGUGCGGUGCUGCAAUGUCUGCUAUCCCUUGUUCCUGUUCAUCAUACUGGCUGCCUGUGUUAUGGCUUGUGCCGGACUGAUAUGGAUGCAGAUUGCCCUGAAAGAAGAUCUAGACUCCCUCAAAGAAAAGCUGCAUACAAUGGAAUCCGGCCAGAAGGUGUCAUCACAUGAAAUACCAAAACUAAGUGAAGAUCUGAAGACAAAGCAGAGAAAGCUGGAGGAUAUUGAAAGUGGAGACAAGGGUCUGAACAAACUGUGGUCCAACCUUACAGAGAUUAACAGAAAGAUCAGUUUUCUGGACACUGUAGUGAACCAUCUAAAGGCCAACAUCAAAUCAGCCUCAGACUUAAUCAACUUUCCAACUACAGUUGAAGAGCUCCAAAAAAGUGUGGCUACAAUCGGCAGCACUUUAACCAGUGUGCAGCAUGAUGUCAAGACAAUGCAGACAGCCCUUGAGGACCAGAAGAAAGAAACAGACAAUCUAAAGAAGAUCAUGAAUGCUGAGGCUAAAGAAUCAAAUGUGAAAUCGACAGCCUCAUUUGAAAAAGAAACAAGCAACUGCUCAUCAACAUUAGCUCAAAACCAGGACGUAACUCACCUGAGAGAGGUUGUGAGCGAGGUUAACAAGACCCAAGAGCUGUACCACUCCUGGACCGGUGACCAGAUCCAGAGUCUCCAAAACGCUGUGUCCAACCUCACUCAGAGGGUGUUUCCUAUGGAGCAGGGCUCUCCCCAGACAACACCACACAGAGACCUUGUGGAGGUAGUUGAACCAGUGCCUGUCAGUGGAGAUGUACCAGUAAAGGACCCGGUCACAGAGAGUGACACCAAUUCAGAUGGACUUAAAGCAACAACUUCAGAAGCUACACAUGGUAUAAAUAAGACAAGAAAACAAAAAUCCACAGGUUCAAAGCCAACGAGACGUCCACGGUUUUUGACUCCAAACCGAACCAAGAGAGAGUCUGGAACAGAAAGCCCAAAGACUGUGUCAUUCCCUGGAGUCAGCUCUCUGAAAGAUCUCAAAGAGCUCUUUGAGCGCUCAGGGACCGACCCCGCCUCUCAGGGAAUGUCUUACCAAGUCUUGAGGAAACUCUUUGACACAGCAACACCAGACCCCCGUAGCCUGGAAUGCUACGACAAAGAUGGGGACCAGAGGUUCUCACUGGCUGAAAUGAAAGCUGCUGCAGGUCUGUGAGAAGAGGAGUGGCAGAGGCAGCAGUGGAAGGAGAGGAAGUCUCUGGUGUGUGUGGAGUGCCUCACAGUAAUGAUGGUUGCACUUUUAUUGAACUGAAUAUUUAAUAAGCUGAAUGUGGAACCGUGGCACUGGCAUGCCCCCCCUGCACACCUCACUGGUCCUACACACCUAAGCUACAGUAAGCAACACAUAUCCAAGCUUUGAUAUUUCUUAUAAGUUGACAAAUUGUACUUUUCAGAAAUAUUUUUAUUUAUGACCAGUUGAUGUCAAAUGAAUCAUUGAAUAGGGACAUCAUGACUUCACCCAAAUAUCACUUAUCAUAAUGUAGUACCUACCACACACUUCAGUUUGUCUUUGCUUAUUUUCUGUAUUUUCUUUAUACAUGUUUUGUGGUAAGUCUUGAGUUAUUGUCUGCAUUUUUAUUUGGAUUUUAAUGUAACACUGUAGAUUUUUGUUUUAUUUUUUAAAUCUGCAAGAUUUGAAGGGCUAUAAAGACACACUUUUGACUAGUUCAGAAUGAAUCACCUUGAUUGUCCUGAAGCAUAUGUAGCAAUAAUACAAUGUAAAUGAGCUUAUACUAGCGGAGUAUAGUGUUAACUUCAAUUUGCAGUAUAUAAGUGUUGUGUGUAGUACAGAUGAAAAAAUACAUAAGUAGGCACACCUGGCUGUGAUGAUGUAACAGGUAGUGAGAGAAGCACUGAUUCCUCUUUACUUGAUUCUGUCAUUUUGUGUGGGCCUUUACAUUAAAUGCAAAUGUACAAAUCAGGACAUGUCAAAUCACUCAACACUGUUGUAUGAUGUAAAUAUGGUACAAUUGUUUUAUAUGGCAUCCUGUAAGAUUGACUUGUUUGGGGGGGGCUGUUUUAUAUAGCUAGAGGACUGUAGAAAAUCCUCAGCAUUGUACAUGGUAAUGGAAAUGAUUUUAUGAAGUUGUGCUUUGCAUGUUUCUCUUAAUGUAACAUGAAUAAAUGUGUAAUUUAACAAAGGACUGUUUGAGAGUAAUUUAGUUUUGCAGGGUAAUGGUGUGGAAUUCUGGAACUCAAUUAGGUCAAACUGAUUUUGAAUUGUCAUUUAGAUUUCCGACAGGAAUAUUGUCCCUAUAAAGAUGUGUGCUUUGGGAAUUUUAUGUUUUGUGUGAGCACUAAUGAAUAAAUGAAAAUGUGGAUUAACAGGA